AAAAUAAAGCUUAUCUUCCUGAAAUGAAUUGAUUUUUUUUUUGUUUUUGGGUGGUGUUGAUGAACCGUUGACGUAUAGAGGAAUAGGAUGUGGCCUUGUUUUCUAUAGGACGUGGCCCUAAUCGCUAUAGGAUGUGGCCCUAAUUGCUAUAGGAUGAGAAAUCUUUGCUCAACUUGGCUUUUGAGUGGAUCCAACCUUGAUGUCGUCUUCAUCUUUUCCAUAUCUGUGUAUAAACUUCAGAAUGCUUUCCCUUUUGGAAAUGUGUUUUUCUUUCUAUAGCUAUCCAUGAAGUCUUCUUCUUCUUCUUCUUCUUCUCGUUGCUGGAGAUACGAUGUUUUCCCCAACUUCAGAGGGGAAGAUGUCCGCCAUUCAUUAGUCAGCCAUCUUCGUAAGGAACUCGAUCGCAAGUUAAUCAAAACAUUCAACGACAACAGGAUCGAAAGAAGCCGCGAUAUCAACCCGGAGCUUUUAAAGGCGAUAGCAGAAUCGAGGAUUGCGAUCGUCGUCUUCUCUGAGAACUAUGCUUCUUCCAAGUGGUGCUUAGAUGAGUUGGUGAAGAUCCGAGAGUGCCGUGAGGAGUUUGAUCAAAUGGUGAUUCCUAUUUUCUACAAAGUAGAUGCUUCUCAUGUUAGAAAACAGACGGGAGAGUUCGGCAAGGUCUUUGGAGAGACCUGCAUCGGCAGAACAGAAAAUGAGAUACGAAAAUGGACAAGAGCUCUAGUAGAGGUAGCAAAUCUUGCCGGAGAAGAUCUUCGGAACUGGCGUAGCGAAGCAGAAAUGGUUCAAAACAUUGCCAACGAUGUUUCAAACAAACUUAUUACCCCAUCAGAUAAUUUUAGAGACUUCGUUGGGAUUGAAGCUCAUAUAGAGACAUUGAUAUCAAUGUUGCGGUUCAACUCCAAGGAAGCGAGAAUGAUAGGGAUUUGUGGACCUCCCGAAAGUGGUAAGACUACCAUAGGAAGAGCUCUAUACAUCAAACUCAUUAGCCAGUUCGAGGAUCGGGCCCGGGCUUUCGUAGCAUAUAGGAGAACAUUGGGGAGCGACUAUGACCAGAAGUUGUGUUGGGAAAAACAAUUUUUAUCAGAAAUUCUUUGUCAAAAGAAUAUAAAGAAGAUAGAGCAAUGUGGUGCGGUGGAACAACGACUAAAGAACAAGAAAGUUCUUAUAGUUCUUGAUGAUGUUGAUGAACUUGAGCUACUAAAAACGUUGGUAGGACGAAUCAGGUGGUUUGGAUCUGAGAGCAGAAUUGUUGUGAUUACUCAGAAAAGGGAACUUCUCAGGGCUCACAAGAUUCAACAAGUUUAUGAAGUGGAAUUCCCAUCAGAUGAACUGGCUCUUCAAAUAUUUUGUCGAUAUGCUUUCGAGAAAAACUCUCCACCUCAUGGUUUCAGCAACCUCGCAGCUGAAGCGGCAAAGCUUGCGGGUAAUCGUCCAAAAGCUCUCAAGCACUUCGGUUCGUCUUUUCGAAGGAUAUUGGACAAGGAAGAGUGGGUGAAGAUGCUAUCGGAGUUUCGUAAUGAGAGCAACCUAAAAAUCAGAUAUGAUGGGUUAGAUGGCAAAGAUCAAGAUUACAUUGCGUGUUUAACCAAUGGUUCAAAUUCCCAGCCUCAAAGAAAUUACAUGGACGCAAGCUCAAGUGUUUCUCAAGUGAAAGCAGAGUGGAUCCACUUAGCACUAGGCGUGUCUAUGUUACUUAACAUCCGCAGUGACGGAACAAGAGAUCUCAAACAUUUGAGCUACAAUCGAAGUGUGGCCCAACAAGUAGAAGCAUGGUGGUCGGAGAAUUGUGCAAGAGUGUGCAAGAAGUACAAUAUUUUAUGUGGCAUUGAUAGAUCAACUGGUGGUGGUGGUGGUAAUUUUGAGGAAAGAAAUAAAGUUUGCUAUGUUGGGUUAGACCCCAACGGCAAGGAUCAAGCUAUGCAUGCAGGUUUAAUGUAUGGGGAAUCUUCGAAUUCCCAAUUUCAAGGAAACAUGGACGCAAGCCUCAGAAGAUACAAAACCAGUAAUGAAUUCUCAAAAGAUAUACAAAGCUCGAAAGCUUCUCAAGUGGGGGAGGAAAAGACCGAGUACUGUGAACCAGAUAUAAGGUAUGGACAAAGUUCAAAUUCAGAGCUUCAAAGAAACAUGGAAGCAAGCAAUAUGAGAAAUGAACCUGUGAGUGAGAUGCUUUUCAAAAAUUACGGUGCGCAUUUGCCCAAUGGUAUAACCGAUGGAAAAUGUUCAAAUCCCCAGUCUCGAAAAAAACUGGACGCAAGCCUCCGAAGAGACAAAAUUGUGCAUCACUGGAUUCGAAGGAGUAGUGACCUCUCGUUUGAUUUUCAGGGGCCAACAUCUAUAGUGAGUGCUUCUCAAGUGGAGGAGAAAAAGAUCGAGUGUGAAGAAGGCGUGUAUAUAACACUUGGCAUCCUCAGUGGCAGAAUUGUAGUUCUCAAACGUUUGGAGUUCAGCCGAAGAGUGGCUCAACAAGCAAAAGUUUGGUGGUGGGAAAAUUGGAUAAAUGUGUACGAGAAGUACAACAUAAGUGGCAUAGAUAAAUCAUUUGAUGGUAGAUUUAAUGGUUAAAAACAAGCUGAAGCUUAGCCUGGCCCUAGAAAGAGUCAGGACCGAGCUAGAUAUUGAAGCCUAAAAGGCUAAAACGCAGGUCUACUACUGGAAUUCUGGUCGCAUUACCCCGAAAUUGUCUAAAUCUGUUUAACUGAAUUUAGUGCAAGUCUUUUUACUGCAUGGCCUCAAGGCCCUCAAUACUAUUUAAAAUCGUUUGAUCACUUAUCAUUCGUUACAUUAUGAUUUGAUUAACUAUACUGUAAUAUGUUUACAUAGUGUAGAAAAACAUUAUGCGCGGGUAUUCACCUA